AUGGCAGCUACACUUGGCUUCGGCACCGCGCGUCUCGUGCGCGGCCACGCUCUGAGCCCUCUGCGGCGGCAAUUCGCCAGCGCGGGCUCACGACGGCCCUCGACAGCGUCGCUACGACCCCGAACCCCGAAUGCGACUCGCGACUUUUCAUCUGGCCCCUCGGGCCGGCGCCCUCGGUUCUCCCAGCGGUUAGGCGAUGCCCUACGCAAGACAAAGGUUACGUGGUACCACAUCCCAGUCGGCCUCGGCGUGGGAUUCCUGGGCUUGAUCCAGUUUUACAAGGUCCAGGCGCGGGAGCGUGAGAAGCAGGAAGGCGGCGACAGACCAAAGCCUCGACCAAGAAUACAACCGGACGGACCAUGGCAAGUUCAAGUCAUGUCUACCUUGCCUCUCAAGGCCAUUUCACGUCUCUGGGGGAAAUUCAACGAAUUGACGAUACCAUACUAUUUACGCGUGCCUGGCUUCAAGCUGUACUCUUGGCCCUAUAGCCUCUCUGAAGUCUCCGAACCCGAUCUGCACGUAUACCCCAACCUUGCCGCCUUCUUCUAUCGUACUCUAAAGCCCGGCGCGAGACCUCUCGACCCCGAUCCGCAGGUGCUGCUCUCCCCAUCCGACGGCAAGAUUCUCCAGUUUGGGCAAAUCGACGGCGGCAAUAUUGAGCAGGUCAAGGGCAUGACCUACACGGUGGACGCUCUGCUCGGCAAGCACACGCCUAGCCCCAGCAUCUCCAGCUCAUCAUCGGUUCGCAGCGGCACCAGCACACCCAGACCACGAGACCGUGAUGGCAACGACGACAUCAUCGGCAAGGACGAGGAAUUUGGCCGCGUCAACGGCAUCUCGUACACGCUCCCCGACUUCCUGUCCGGGGCCAAGGAGCCCAGCCACGACGAGACGGCCGCGCACCGCAGCGGCACCGUCAAAGACCAGUCCACGCAGCCCUCACAAGCGGCCAUUUCAGAGGUGCGAGCCGACCUGGCGCUCGGCGAGCGUGCUUGGUACGACAUUUUGCCGCACGACAAGACCACAUCGCUGUACUAUGCCGUCAUCUACCUCGCGCCUGGCGAUUACCACCGCUUUCACUCGCCGACCAAUUGGGUCGUGGAGCGCCGGCGUCACUUUGCCGGCGAGCUCUACAGCGUGUCGCCGUACCUGCAGCGCACACUUCCAGGCCUCUUCACACUCAACGAGCGCGUCGUGCUGCUCGGUCGCUGGCGGUGGGGCUUCUUCGGCUACGUGCCCGUUGGUGCCACCAACGUCGGCUCCAUCAAGGUGAACUUUGACCGCGAACUGCGUACCAACAGCCUCACCACCGACACUGCCGCCGACGUCGCCGCUGACGAGGCUGCCCGCCGUGGUGAGCCUUACUCGGGCUUCGCGGAGGCCACCUACGAGGCCGCUAGUCCAGUCCUGCACGGCCACGCUCUGCGUCGCGGGGAGGAGAUGGGCGGCUUCCAGCUCGGCAGCACCGUAGUGCUCGUCUUCGAGGCCCCCACGACGGCCGGCGAGGGUGGGGAGAAGAAGGGUUGGGAGUGGAAGGUUGACAAGGGCCAGACCAUCAAAAUGGGACAGGCCCUCGGUCGUGUGAAUGCAGAGUAA